AGUUACUUCUGAGACUCUCUAAACUCUGGACUUGCCUCCCUCCCCUCCUUCAAAGUCUUUCGAAUCUUCUCCAGGGGACAAAUGAAGGGACUGAAGCUGGACAAAACCAUAACCUAGAUCAGGGACCUACCCCGUUCUGUUCCCCGUGCUUGGAAUCAGAUAAUUCAGGACGCCGAGCCCGAGAAGCCUGGACAAAAAAGUCAGGAAGAACUGAGUUUCGUUUUGACCUCUAGCGUCGUGGCGGGCUGGCAUCUGAGCUGGUAACGUGCGUGGUAGGUUAUGUAAGAAAAGGGCUGGAGGAGCCGACCCAGCGGGAGCCAGAGAGGACGCGGUGUUCUCGGCUGCAAUCCCCACCCUCCUCACCCAGCAGGGCAGGAGGCACCCAACUUGGAGGAGAAAGGGGUGGGGGAGGUGAAACAGAGACCGGAGAGUCACGAGGGCUGGGCCGCCGAGAGCGGGAGAAUAUACCGUGUCACACACCUCCAUUCUCUCACACACGUUGCAGACACAAAUCACUGAUGGUUUCCACGUGUUGCGCUCGUGAGCGGAGGUGUUCAAAGAGGGGGCAGAUGAGUUACUUCCCGAGACAGAACCCGGGGUCCCACGUCUGGAGGCGCACGCCUUCAGUAGCACAACCAAUCUCUGAACACUCAAACCGCGCAUCUCUGGCGCAUCACCAUCCUAUUUAAGGCCACGGGCUCCGCCCUUUUCCUCCCCUCUCUUCUUUUCCACUCUUUUUCCAUCCUCCUCCUUUUCUCAUCACCGGGUCCUCUCCAGCAGCCUCAUGUAGGGGAGGAGCACGGAAUGCCUCCCUUACAGCCAAUCAUCACCUGGCUGCCGCUCUACUGGCUGAGCCCCUUUGUACUGUAGCAAAUGGGCUAUGGACUUCAGUAACGAGCGUCACGUGUUACCGGCGACACAACCAAUGAGGGCGCGAGAUCUAUGUAAGCAGGGGGAGGCACGUGCCGGGCCGCACGUGUCUGGGAGGGGGGAAGGGGCGGGGCCCGCUGAGAGAGGCGGAGGUGGGUAGACAGACCCGGAGAGACCGAGAAGGAGCUGGAAACCGAGCCAGGGCUGAGCCGGCUGACAACAGGUAAGGAGAUUCGGAGGACAAAGCGAGCUGUUAGGGAGUAUUUGGGAGCUGAAUGCAGAUCUUGGUAUUGGGAGGGUUUGCAUCACGUGGCAGGUGCGAGCCCAGAGAGACCCGCGCAGGGAUCCUGAUCUUGAAAGAUUGGGAGAGGGCAGGAGGCCAGUCUCUAUGGGGGCAGUUCACGUAGGAUCACCAGGUGGGUUCGCGUGCCCAGAUUGACUGCUUGUGGGUGGCAUGGCCUCAGGUGGAGAGGCUUGCUGCGGACUCAGGCUGGCAAACAGCCCUGGCGAACAACGGGCGGAGGGGAAGAUGUCUUUCAAGUCGGUAUUUACUCUGAACUGAGGGAAGAAAAGAACGGAGGCCGCGUCAGGCUGAGAGCUGCUCUGCGGCGGCCAGAGAGGGGAUCCCAGUUGCAGGUUCCGAUCUUUGGGUACUCCAGGAGCUGCUCUACAGCCCCUGCUUCUGGACCUAUGGAUUCUCCAUCUAGCGUUUCUUCCUAUUCCUCCUACUCUCUCUGUUCGUCUUUUCCCAUCUCCCCAGUGAACAGUGACUUUGGCUUCCCCUCUGAUAGUGAGAGGGAGGACAAGAGGGCCCAUGGGCCCAGGCCAGACACUGUUGGGCAGAGGGGAGGUUCACGGCCCAGCCCGGGUCCUAUCCGCUGCAGGCAUCGAUCGAAGGUUUCCGGUAACCAGCAUACACCAUCUCAUCCGGAACAGCGGGGUUCGGCUUCUCCUAUGGCAGGAUCUGGGGCGAAAAGAUCAAGAGAUGGUGAACUGGAGACCAGUCUAAACAUCCAAGGUUGUACCACAGAGGGAGACCUGCUGUUUGCCCAGAAGUGUAAAGAACUCCAAGGAUUUAUACCUCCUCUCACAGACCUACUCAAUGGGCUGAAGAUGGGUCGUUUUGAGAGAGGAUUAAGCAGUUUUCAGCAGAGUGUGGCAAUGGACAGGAUCCAGCGUAUUGUAGGUGUUUUGCAGAAGCCACAGAUGGGGGAACGUUACCUAGGAACCUUGCUACAGGUAGAAGGGAUGUUAAAGACUUGGUUUCCACAUAUAGCUGCCCAGAAGUCAUCAUUGGGUGGUGACAAGCAUCAGCUGACCAAGCAUUUUCCAAGCCACCAUAGUGAUUCAGCUGCUUCCUCUCCUGCAUCUCCUAUGGAAAAGAUGGACCAGACACAGCUAGGAUAUCUAGCUUUAAAACCAAAGCAGCCUUGGCACCUCACAGAAUGGCCAGCUAUGAACCUCACCUGGAUCCACACCACCCCAAUUUGCAACCCCCCUCUCAGCUCCCCAGGUACUAUCUCCUUUAGCCAUGGUCCUUUAGGCACUGGAACCGGCAUUGGCGUCAUUCUUUUCCUCCAGCAUGGAGUGCAACCCUUCACCCACUCUGCCCCAACCACCCCAGUCCCACCUACUACAGCAUCUCCUGUUAUCCCUGGUAAGCCUAUGAAACUAUCUGGAGAGGGUCCUCGUUGCUACAGUUUGCCAGUAACUCUGCCAUCAGAGUGGAGCUAUACCCUAUCCCCUCCCAGUCUACCCACCUUGGCCAGAAAGAUGACCAUAGGACACCGGGAGCAGCAGAGAAGCCAUCCUCCAGUUGCUCCUGAUGCUCAUCUUCUCAACCUCUAGCCCAGGGCAUACAGCUGUCCACUGUGAUUUCUAAUUUGUGUAAAUAUUUAUGUAUAUAUGUAUUUUUACUUUUAAUGUGUGCAUUUGUGUUGAGGGAAGACAAAUCCUUUCUGAUUAAAGAAAUUUUUUUAUA